AUGUCUUCUCACGACACUCACCCUCCGCAAUCGGACAUUGCAUCACCAGGGAUCAAGGACGAAGCUCCAUCUGCAACGCUCGAAUCGCCUCAAGGAUCACAGCAACAAUCGCAUACCUCCGCAGUUUCUUCUUCGGAACCUGUCCAAAACGCCGCUGUUCCUGCUCCUCAGACCGAGAACACCCAGAAAAAUGAUAAUGCGGAGAGCACCCAAGCCGCUGGUGUCUACGAUAGCAGUACGCCGAUUAUCACCGCCCAGCAGAGCAUCAGCGACGCUUCUCCAACGAAUGACAAGCCCCCAGAUACCGCAGGACUAGAUACGGCUGAUACGCCAGUCCCUGAGCCAUUACCUGGAGCAUCAGACGCCGCCGCGAAGGAAGUGGAGGAUUCCGGCCCGUCGUUGAACAUCACACUCCUUUUGACAACAGGAUCACGUCAUCCUUUCGAGAUUGACGGGAAAUAUUUACGAAAGCGGGGUAUCAAUGUCGAGGGUAACGAUCCGUUUGCUAUGAGUGUAUACACACUGAAGGAACUGAUAUGGAAGGAUUGGAGACAAGAUUGGGAAUCGCAACCAACCUCUCCUAGUUCUAUCCGAUUGAUUUCGUUUGGCAAGUUGCUGGAUGACAAGUCCCCUUUAUCAGACUGCAAGUUCAACAAAGAUGCUCCCAACGUGGUACAUAUGACAGUCAAGCCUCAAGAAAUUGUCGACGAAGAAGACGCCAAGGCAGCCAAAGCUCCGUAUAGCCGGGAACGUGAGUCCAGUGAACGCAGUCCUGGAUGUCGUUGUAUCAUCCAAUGA